AUGUAUGAGAAAGCGCUCGCGGCCAUUGACGCUGCCCACGCGCUAGACCCCAACAAGACGACCAUCAACGGCGAAGAAGUCCCCUACGAACUCCACUACGCGCAGAAAAGCACUUCCUACCUCGAGAAGCGUGCGCCCGACGCGCCCGACCAUCUCCGCCUCGCAAUCCGCGCCCAGCACUUCCGCCGCUGGGAAGUCCCGCGCGCCAGCUACCCCAUGACGCGCGUGGGCUAUCACGCAUGGCGGACGUACCUCAAGAAGCGACAGGCCGAGCUCGUCAUGGCGAUAUGCGAGGAAGCCGGGUACGCAGCCGAGACAAUGCAGCGCAUCGGCGCCCUGAUACGGAAGGAGGAUCUGAAGCAGGACGAGGAGACGCAGGUGCUGGAGGACGUAGCCUGUCUGGUGUUUCUGGACGACCAGUUCGAGGCGUUUGAGAAGGAGCAUGACGAGGACAAGAUCAUCAAGAUCCUGCGAAAGACGUGGGGCAAGAUGACGGAGCAGGGACACGAGCUGGCGCUGCAGAUUCCCAUGAGCGGGAGGCCCCAGGAGCUGAUUGCAAAAGCCUUGGCUGCCUAG